AUGGCGGCUGCACGGUGGUCGUAUGCCUUGGAUGGGCUGGCCCAGGUAGUCUGGGCUCCGCCUCCGCGCGCCCUGCCGGCGGCGAUGGCGCCCCUGCCGGCGGCCGCGGCGCCCGCGAGCCCGCCGCCCGGCGGCGGAGCCGCGCCCGAGGCCCGCGGCGCGCGCGCCGCGCCGCCGCAGGCGCUGCGGGCCCUGCGGGAGCGCGGCGCGGGCGGCGCGGCCCCCGGCGAGGCCGGCCCCUCCGCCGCGGCGCCGGGCGGCGACCGCGGCCCCCGCCGGGCGGCCGCUGGCGGGCCUGGCGCUGCUGGGCGCGGCGCUCGCGGCGGCGCGCGGGCUCGCGCGGGGGCCGCGGCCUCGGCGGCCCGGGAGCUGCAGGCGCUGGGGGCCCUGCGGCGCUCGCCGCGCAGGUCGCGGCGGCUGCUGCGGGGCCUGCUGGUGGCCGCGGCGGGCGCGGCCUGCUGGGCGCUGCUGCGCGGGCCGGCGCGGGCCUCCGCGGGGCUGGGCUCGGCGGCCCCCGUGCUCCUCGAGGGCACGCUGGCGGAGAGGGUGGCGCGGUACACGGGCGUGUGCGGAUCACUCUUCUCGGAUCUGGGCGUGGCCGUGGCCAGUUUCUUCGUGCUCGCCUGCUGUGCCGGCACGGAGACGGCCAUCACCACGCUGUGGCCGUGGAAGGUGCGCGAGUUCGCGAUGCAGGAGCGGGAGCGCGAUGAGAGCGGCAAGUGGAACGCACUGCGGAAGGACAUUCAGCGGUUCAUGCAGACGAUCCUCAUCGGCACGACGCUCUCGAGCGUGAUAUCCGCCUCGUUCAUCACCGAGAUGUGCGGGCAGCUCUUUGGGCCGAGAGGGCUCGGGAUCGCGACCGUGUCCGUUACGGCCAUCCAGCUGACCGCGGGCGAGAUCAUCCCGAAGCUCCUCGCGGUCUCGAACCCGGUCAGUUUCUGCUCGGUCACCCUGCCCGUCUUCUACAGAAUCUCCAUGGUAGUGUACCCUGUCAGCCGCUUUCUAAACACGGCUGUGUCGUUGAUGCUGCGUUUCUUCGGCAUAUCAGUGGACACAAGCAAGACGCCUCUGGUUUCCGAGGCCGAGCUCGACCUAAUGUUCAACUCGGCCAUGAAGAGCGGCGUCUUGGACGGGGAAGAGGGCGACAUGAUCCGUAGCGUGCGGAAAAUGGACCGUAAGACCGUGAAGGAGGUGAUGACCCCACUCAUUGACAUGAUAUGCAUAGACGCACAGCAGCCCCUCAGCAGCCUCUACGAGCUCUGGAGGGACACGCAGUACAGCCGCGUGCCAGUUUACAGCAACCGCUUCGACAGCAUCGUGGGCGUGGUGAGCAUGAAGAUGCUGCUGAAGCACGUCAAGCUCUUUGGUGAUGCUGACGCCCGCGGCGCGGACCUCGUGGAGUCGAUCUGCGACAAGCCCUUCUUCGUUCCCGAGACGAUGUCCCUCCUGAGCGCCCUGAGGACACUCAAGGAGCGCUCCAUCGCGAUCUGCGUGGACGAGUAUGGGGGCACCACUGGCCUCGUGACGCUCGAGGACGUGCUCGAGCAGAUCGUCGGGGAGAUCUACGACCCGGAGGAGGAGAAGGACAAGAUCGAGCGCGUGCAGAACAGCUCCAUGAUCAAGAAGCUCGGGGAAAACCGCUGGGGGAUUAGCGCCGUCGCCGAUGUCGAAGACGUGAGUGACGUCCUCGGCAUCGAGCUGCCCAACGGCAGCUUCAACUCCAUCGGCGGCUUCAUGUGUAUGUACCUUGAGCAAAUCCCAGAGGCGGGGCAGGCUGUGCUGGUGGAGACGGCCACCAAAAACGUCCGAUUCGAGGUGUCCGAGGUGGACGACCGUAGGGUGCUGCAGAUCGAGGCAUUCAUCGAGGCUGGGGAGGAGGGGGAGGACCGCAACCGCGGCAAGGGGUCCGCCGAGGAGUCGCCGGCGGAGGACGAGGACGAGAGGGACAAGGUCCUCGAUGUGAGGAUGGAGACCGGGGAUGGCCAGGAGGAUGCCAGCGAAGGCAAGGGGAGGCCCGCGGACAAGUCGGCGGACAAGUCGGCGGGCACCGACGCGAGCGCGGACUCUGGCCCGGCGGGCGGGAAGAUGGGCAGGUAG